GCAAACACAUUCAACAAAAGCAAAAACUUUUUAAUCCAAACCUUGGGGAAAUUCCAUUCCACCAUUAAGAAAACAUGAAAAUUUGCUCCCUUAAAAGGGAAAAUGUUCAAGACAUAAAAGGAAGAGCCUGAAGGAUUAGACCAGCCACUGAUGGGACAUGAGAAACAUUUUGCUGUACUCCGGGCUCGCUCUACCCAAAGUGUCUGACUCCUAGGUCUUGCCUACAUGCUCAGAAUCUAUCUGAUCUCUGUAUUUGGGGUUACAUUGGCAGAGACCCUGGUAGUUUUUCACCUUUCUCUGCAGCAGGAAGCAUGGGUUACUUUCUAGUUGUGGAUGUCUUGGAUUUUAUAGUGACUGUUGUUGAUGGUGUUCAUUUGUUGUGUUCCUUUCUCCCUAGAACACCCUGAGUGCAGAUGGCCAGUCUGUUCCCAAACCCAGCUUCACAUUAAACCCCAAAGACAGAAGACCAUAUCCUGACCACCAGGCAGCACACAGGCCAUUCCCUAAACAGCGAUUCAGGCAGGAAAAUGGACACACGUCGUUACAAAGAGACGGACCCAGAUCCUUCCUCCUGGAUCUCCCAAACUUCCCUGACCUAUCAAAAGCAGACAUCAAUGGGCAAAACCCCAACAUUCAGGUUACCAUAGAAGUAGUUGAUGGCCCUGAUACUGAACCAGAGAAAGAGCUGCCCAAAGAGAGCAGCAAGCCUAGCUGGCCAGUCCCAUCCCCUGACUGGAGGAACUGGUGGCAAAGAUCAUCCACUUGGACUCGCAUGAGUAGCGGUGACCAGGACUACAAGCAUGACAGCACCACCGAAGACAGCAACUUCCUAAACCCUCUUGGUGGGUGGGAUAGGCAUGCACCCAGCCACCGGACUUUUGAAUCUAAGGAGCAGCCAGAGUAUGAUUAUAUUGACGGAGAAGGAGACUGGAGUCCAUGGUCCAUUUGUAGCGUAACCUGUGGGAAUGGCAAUCAGAAGCGGACCAGGUCCUGUGGAUAUGCCUGCACAGCCACUGAGUCGAGGACUUGUGAUAGGCCAAACUGCCCAGGGAUUGAAGACACCUUCCGGACGGCUGCCACGGAGGUGAGCUUACUUGCAGGAAGCGAAGAGUUCAAUGCCACCAAGCUGUUCGAACUUGAUAUGGAUAGCUGUGAGAGAUGGAUGAGCUGCAAAAGCGAGUUCCUGAAGAAAUACAUGCACAAAGUCGUUACUGAUCUUCCUAGCUGCCCUUGCUCCUACCCAACAGAAGUCGCUUAUAGUACUGCCGAGAUCUAUGAUCGGAUUAAGCGGAAAAACUUUCGCUGGAAAGAUGCAAGUGGUCCAAAGGAAAAACUGGAGAUCUACAAGCCGACAGCACGCUAUUGCAUCCGGUCUAUGCUUUCCUUGGAGAGCACGACUCUAGCAGCCCAGCACUGUUGCUAUGAUGACAAUAUGCAACUGAUUACUAGGGGAAAAGGAGCGGGCACACCAAACCUGAUCAGUGUGGAAUUCUCUGCCGAGCUCCAUUACAAAGUGGACAUUUUGCCUUGGAUUAUAUGCAAAGGAGACUGGAGUCGAUACAAUGAAGCACGGCCCCCUAACAAUGGUCAGAAAUGUACAGAAAACCCUUCAGAUGAAGAUUAUUACAAGCAGUUUCAGGAAGCAAGGGAAUACUGAAGGGAUUUCCCUUCUCAGACAGGACCAUGAGGAUUAUUUUCAUCGAUGGCACAAACCUGAAUUUGCUGCAUUAUCUUUAUGAAAAGGGGUUGAUCAAUAUCUUUAGUAGGAGUGUAUAUAUUUGUAUAUAAUACAUGUGUAUUUUUCUGUGUGUGUGUAAUUUAUAUAUGCAUAUAUCUCACACACAUUCACGCUUCUCUGCACACAAACGUACAUAAAACUUUUAUGAUGAAGAUUAUCUAGCAAUAAAGUUCAUUUUAUUUCAAAAGAAAGGGGAAAAACCCAGCUGUGGAAAAAUAGUGUGAACAAAUUCAUGCUGAAUAAAGGGAUUGCUUCAGA